UGCAGCUCCCCCUAUAGUUUAUUGGACUUGCGAAUACCACUUUGGAUGAAUGUUCAAAGCGUGGCUGCGUGGUGCCGACCAUCCUUUGCUGCGCCGCUUGUACCGCCGGCUGGAGCUCGUGACGGGAUUGUCAUCCGCCUCCGCCGAGCCCUUCCAGAUGGCCAACUACGGUCUUGGCGGCCACUUUCACCUGCACAUGGACGUCUUGCCUGACACGGAGAAGUACUUCGGUCCUGAUAUGGGAAAUAGAAUCGCUACUUGGCUAACAUAUUUGAGCGAUGUGAAUGGUGGAGGAGCAACUGUCUUCCCAAGAUUAAAUUUAACAGUGUGGCCAAAAAAGGGGACGGCCCUCUUUUGGCACAAUGUCAAAUCGAACGGAGUGGGAAAUAUUUUGACAUUGCAUGGAGCAUGCCCCGUGGUGACGGGAUCCAAAUGGGUGUCAAAUGUAUGGUUUCACGAAGGAGGACAAGAAUUCCGUUUGAAAUGUGGGCUGCAUCCUGAAUCAUCCCUCCAGCAAACCGAUGUCUCCACAUGAGCUUGAUUCGUUCUUUUUCCUUCAGAUAAACUAAGAAUUGAGAUUUUGCUUACAAUAGCAGACCGGUUUCAUCAGGGAAUAAUUUAUUUUGCGUGAUUCAUCUGCAUUCCAAGAGACUCAACUCAUCCAAUCUCCACAGCUACUUCCAAAAGAGAUAAGUCCA